AUGGCGUUCAGGACUAAACGCAAAGCAUUUUCAUUUCACGAUAAAUUGAAAAUAUUACAAUAUUACGACAAAAAAUCACAAGAUUACAAAAAAUCUCAAAUAGCAGCUGAACUUGAAAUUCCUGUCUCAACACUAUCGACGAUUGUAAAAUACAGGGCUGAUGUAGAAAAUAGAUGCAAAAACAUAAGUGGUGCAUACUUGAAACGAAAGAAAAAUAAAAGCGGUAAAUAUGUUGAAAUUGAGAAUGUUUUGAUCGACUGGAUCGUCAGUAUGAACGCCCAGAAUAUUCCCCUGGACGGGCCAAUGAUGAAACAAAGAGCUUUAGAAAUCGCUAAAGAAUUAGAAGUCUACGAUUUCACGGCUUCCAGUGGUUGGUACAGUCGUUUUAAGCAGCGCCACGCGUUCUCGUUAAACAAUGACUUUGACAGUGAUGACGGCUCCGACCUUACUUACGAAUCCUAUCAAGAACUAGUCAAAGACUAUGAACCGUGUGAUGUUUUUAAUGCUGAUGAAUUCGGAUUGUUUUACAAGCUAAUGCCAAACGACAUGUCUACUACAGUAGACAAGAUAUGUAAAGAUGGUACAAUGCCAGAAGAACGGUUCACGGUAUUGGCAUGUUCGAAUUCUAUUGGAUCAGAAAAAUUACCACUACUCAUUAUUGGUAAUACUGAAAAUUCAGAUAAAGACUUGCCCUGCCAAUAUCAAGUUAACCCUAAGUCUUGGAUGACAAAACUGGCUUUCACAAACUGGUUAUACAUUCUUGACGAAUAUUUUGAAAUUCAGGGGAGAUUGGUGGUAUUGUUCGUUGAUGAGAGUCCAGUGCAUCCAAAGGACAUAAUCUUGAAUAACAUAAACUUGGUUAUCAUACCCCCUGAAGCUGAACAUGAAAUGCCUAUGUCUCAAGGCAUUAUUAAGGUUAUUAAGCAGAAUUAUAGGAUUAAAUUGAUUGAAAAAUACAAGGAGGGACUAGCUGUUGAUUUUAAACAGUGCUUGAAAUACCUCACUGAUGUAUUUGAGUCCAUUAAAGCUCAUACAAUUCAAUCUUAUUUUAAGAAAUCCGGUUUCGGAGACUAUUAUGAGGUUGAUGACGAAGAUGACGAAUACAAAGAACAAAUAUUGAUGAAAUACCAAGACUAUUUGUAUGUUGAUUAUGAAUUAGCGACGUGUGAAGUAGAAAAAGGCGUUAACCAAGAAUCAACAUUUACAGAUAAUAAUAUAAAAGAAAAAGUUAAUAAAAUCAUCAUUAACAAUGGUGAAACCAUUGAUAACAAAUCAGUUACGGCGCUUCAAGCGGUCAAUACAUUGAAGCAUUAUUUAAAAUCUUUAGAUUCUGAAAAUGGUCUCAACAAUUUGUCUGUAAUAGAGAGUAUAAUUUUAAGCUCGAUUUCUAAAAAUAAUUCUAUGUAG